AUGUCUGUCAGCCACCUCGAUGCUAUCAAGAAGAAGUAUGGCUUUCAGACUUUGAAUGUUGCAACAUGGCGAGACCCGAAUUUAAGCGUACACCCGGCGAGAGGCGGACCUAAGGGACCCACGAUAUCACCAGACUUGGCUGCGAAGCCAUUCGAGCUGACAUACAAGGUCCGGAUCAAGCCCCCGCCGCCUCCUCCAGAGCCCACGGACGACGAGCAGUCAGGAGGCGACGAGGAGGCUAUUUCUGAGUCAGCAGCACCUGUCGAUUCGCCAAUUGAGCAAUCGCCACCAGAACCACAAGCGCCAAGUAACCAUCUCGAGAUUACUGACGCUGGACCACCUCCUGAAACGACGCCGGAGCCCACGGAGCAGAGUCCACCAGCGGAGACAGUGCCUGUGGAAAGUAUCCCACCCGAAAUAUCACCUGAAGCAGCGUUUCCAGCACCGGCCGAAGUGCUAGAUGAUCAGCUGGGUACGAACGAGGUAGCUGGCGGUGACAAUAUUGAUUCUGCUGCGCCGGUCGAUACCACGACGCCCAAUGAAGCUCCAGCGGUCGAUGAUAUUCAAGCCCCACCCCCUGCACCUGACCCUCCGCAAGUCGCAUUAGAUCCAGACGAAAUCGUCGAGAUUGUCGAGGGCACGCCGGGCAGUUUCCCCGCUGCCGAAGAAGAAACGCCACAACUUGAUGCCCCGAGCACACUGGAAGACACCAGUACACCCGAAGACUCGGCUAUCGAAGUUCCACCACCUGCGCCUGAGCCUCCUUCCGCCCCGACCGAGGAUCUUGGUCCAAACGAGGUUAUCACCGUCGAAGAGCCUGCUGCGCCUGGCGAGAAGAGUCCGAAAAUUGUGCAGUUCGCAACUGGCACCCCUGACCCCAAGCCAACCCACAGAAAGAAGAAGAUGGCGAAGGGAUCGAAGAACAAAAAGAAGAAGACGACUGUGGACGUGUCCGGUAAGGGAUCCCCCGAUGAUAUCGUUGCUAUCGAAGAGCCGGCGCCUGUGCAAACAGAGUCAAUAGUGGAGGUUCCUUUUGAGGUACCAGAUGCUGCUGGCGAAGCUAUGGAGCCCGCAAACGCUUCUGGAGAGCACAGUACGGUGGCGGAACCAAUCCUUGACGAGGUACCAAGUGCGGAAGAGCCGAUACCAGAACCACCGACGAUCGAGAAAAGUGUUGAUGCUCUUGAUCAAGCCGCCAUUGCGGAAAUUGUGGCACCCGUCAUCAUCGAGGAGGCUCCACCUGCAAAGGGGAAGUCGAAGAAGAAGAAAGGGUCCUCGAAAAGUACCAAGGAUGCACCAUUACUGCCACCAUCGGAAACUCUCCCAUUAGAGGAUCCUGUUGCUCUAGACGAUCCUGCCCCAGCAGAGGAUUCUACCCCUUCAGAGAAUCCACUCCCCUCAGAAGCCUCGGAGUCUAUCGCUGUCGAUGCCGCACCAGAAAUAGCUGCUCCCCCGUCAGAAAACCCAGAAUCCAUCAUCGUCGAGGCUUUGCCAGAACCAGCUGCUGUCGAAGUCCCGAAAGCAAAAUCGAAGGACAAAAAGAAAAAGAAGUCGAAAGGCAAGUCCAAGGGAGCGGAGUCACCACCAGUCAUUACCAUACCUGCUGGGCUAGGGAUCGACUUGAGCGACAUUCUGCCUGAUGAAACACCUUCGGAACCCUUCCUGGAUGAUCCUGCAGGCGAGGCCAAGGUAGAUGUGAGCUCAUCAGCCGAGGGAUUACCACAAACGGAGACCAUGGAGCUCAAGCAAGAAGAAGGCGAGGUCAUACAGCCUAUCGAGGAGUCAGAACCACCCGCAGCUGGGGACGAGCCGUCUUCCGCGGACCAGGGCUUGGCACUGUCUGGAUCGGUGGCCGAGGACAACCCUGCUGAGCCUAAAGCUGAGGCUACGACGAGCAACAAAAGCGAUGUCGAUACCCAUGCGGAUGAACCCGCGAGCCCUGAGCCUGAUGUGACGACCGACUCUGUUGAACAGCCCUCUGAGGCUGUCCAGGUUGUCGUUGACGAGGAGAGUCCCAACGACGCCACUAUGAGUGCCCCAUAUGAGGACGAGGGAGCUUUGUCUCCUGAUGAGGACGAGCACAUUGAGGAAAGCACUCGUUCAGACAGUGCUGUUGACGUUGACAGUUGGAAGGGCAGUGUAGACGACGUUGAUGUCGAUGGGCUGGAUGAGGGCACGGUAGCAGAUCAGCCGGACGAGUUGGACGCUUGGGAUGAACAACUAUCUGACAGCGAGUCCGAGGAAGGUUCGGUUGACGAAGCAGAGGUGGAGCUCGACGCUGCUGGUGACAGCAUUGAUUUGGCUGACGAAGAUGAUGAGUCUUCUCCAGGAAGUUUGCAGGAACCUGGUGCAAUCGUGGAGGAAACACUCGAGCAAGACGAUGAAACCGAAGCUAAACCUGAUGGAACUGUCGAGGUGUCCCUGGAAGAUGUAGCUGCACCUGAGCCGUUGAAGGUGGACCCUGAGGCUGAUCGACCGGAUGUUAUUGACGAAGUGUCGCCAGGGAUUGAUGACAAGCAGGUGGAGGAAGUCACUCCGGUACCCGACGCUGCUUUGGCUGAGGAGCCAGCAUUGGAUGAACCACAGCUCGAAGAAGAAUUUGCGGCUGAUUCAGGCAGCGACUCAGAGGACGAAGCGCCCGGCAGCGAUGGAGUACCUGAGGAGUCUGAAGUCAAGGAUCCCGCGGAAGCUGAGUCGAAUAAAGAUGACCCAGUGGAGGAAGUCCCGCCAGAGGAUGACCCCAAGGACGAUGCACCAGCGAGUAGUGAGGCCGCGGUCGAGGUUGCAGCAGAGGAAGCUCUGGACGAAGGCAGCAGGCUUGCUAGCGACGAGACCACCGAAGUUUUGGAUGACUCUGGCGAAGGCAAUGAUGCAGUCGGCGAGACAGUCGCUGAGGAAGUCACGGAGGGUAAUAACCCAGAUGAUAUCAUUAUCAGCGAUGAUGCCAAGGUACCCAAUGAGACGCCAGAACAAGCUCCCCAGCCAGACGACCAAGAGCAGGCUGCCGAACCACCGGUCGAAGGUACAUCAGCUGAGGUUGUCGAGGAGAGCACUCCUGACGUCGCAGUCAUUGCAGCGGAGAUCGAAGAUGCGCCUCUGGAGAAGAGCACGGAUGCACCGCAAUCACCAGUUCUGGAGGCGUCCGAGGGGGGUUCGGGUGAGCCAGCGGAGAUGAAUGGCGGCAAUUUAGCAGCUGAAGAAGCGAGUGCGCCGCCAGACGUACCAGGAGAGCAGGACAUUGUCGAUCCAUCACCUCAGCCGGAGACAACUCCUGCAGAAGCAGUAUCCGAGCCAGAAUUAGCUCCUAGUGAACCUGUUCCGGAGGUCAGCGCAGCGGAGCCUUCCAUCCCAGAAGAACCACCAUUGGUCGAGACUAUCGUAGUCGAACCCGCCAAGAAAGAGGAGCCUAGCCAAGAUGCGCCUCCGUCACCACAGCUCAGCAGAAGCAGCGGCAGCAAGCACAAAGCCGAGCAUUGGAAGAGAGAGCACAAGAAGCGUAGCUCAAGCGAUUCCAAAAAGUCAUCCGACAAGUCACGAUCGAGCAAACCAGUACGACUGCCUGACGGACUUAGGUCGACCCGGGACAGGUCGCAUCGAUCAUCGUUGAUGACAGCAGAAGAGCUCGCGGCACGCGCAAGACGCCGCGAAGAGCGUAAGGCACUCGAAAUCGCUCGCAUCCAGGAAGAAGAGCGCCGCAUUGCUGAUGAGGAGGAGCUCCGCCGUAUUCGUCACGAAGCUCGACGUGCUGCUCGCAAGGCUGCCGCAGAGGAGGCUACCAGAAUCGCCAAAGAAGAGGCCGAAGCCAUUGCACGGAAGGAAGCUGAACGACGGAGACGCCAUCGCGAGGUGCGCGAAAUUGAUCGGCCUCGACCAAGGAGGGAGAGCAAGUCUUCAUCUUCGAGCAUACCAAAGCUACUUGGCUUCUCCCUCGGCCAAUCGUCUGUCAGAACCAGCAACCAUCAUGUAAAAUCUGCUUUCAGAGUAGGAGAUGACGAAAGACCCGGUACCAGCACUUCCAGCAAGGACGUGCUGAGAGAUGAAGUGCCGAGGACUGAGUCGCCGACUCUGCCGGGUAGUGGCUCGCAUGGCAGUAGGGAGGGAGGCAGCUCGGGUCAUCAUCGAAGACAUCGACACCACCGAUCUGAAAGUGAUCGUCCAGAGCCGAGGAGGAGGGAGAGCGAGCGGCAUGAUAGUGGGCGGAGUGAUGAGAAGCGACGACGUAGGCCUGCUGCGCCAGAGCAGAAGCCGAAGUCGUUCUUGGGGAGACUGUUUGCGUGA